GAUGCGCAAGCGCAGCAUUUAGUUUACUAUGGAAUGUCAACCAACACCUGUGCCUCUCGAAAAUGAUAUUUGAUGAGACUCUGGAUUUCUAAUAGAUGUAAAAUCAAAAAAGAUGGAUCGCCAAUAUUCAAAUGGUUCUCCUUCAAGAAAAAGGUGGUCAAAAGAUGAAAGUAGCAGACAAAGCUUAAAGGAGGCGGCUGUACAAGAGGUCUUACCUGGUUAUGAAGAUUAUCUUUUACUUUUGCAAGAAAGAAACAGACUAUUAAAGAAAAUGAGAAGGAAAAACAAAAGUCAAAUUGAGCAGGAGAAGAAAGAAAAAGGAUUUUCUAUUUAUGUGAAUGGUGCAAACUCUGGUAGACGGCGGAGUCAGAAAACUUCUGUUGUGGACAGCAAUGAAAAUUCCAACCCACCACCAAAGUCACAUCGGUUAAAAACAGCAGGAGAUGCCCCUAGAAGGAUUAUAGACCAUGAAUACCUUAACAAAAGAAUAGAAGAGAAAAAGAAACAGGAGGAACAGAAGCGCGUAAAAACAGCCCCAGCCAGGGAACGGCGGCGCAACUGGCUAAAGGAGUCUGUGGAAUUACAGACAGCUCGAGGGGAGAAGUGCAGAUUAAAAGCACCAGAACUUGUCACAGGGAACUAUGAUGAUGACUUUGAAGAUGAAGAAGAUAGUGAUGAUGAUGAUGAAGAUGAUGAUGUCAGCGAUGAUAGUAUAGACAGUGUGAAGGAACAGAUGAGAUCUAAGUUGUCGAGGAAGAAGAAAACAGAAGUGAGUGAUAAAGAAGAGGGACGUGUACGAUACAAACGAAGACUUAGUACACCCAUACAACAUCCUCCUAAGGCUCGGCCGCAGGAAGAGGAGUCUGAUUCAGAUGAAUCCUCAGGGGACGAGGAAGUGAAGGAGAAACUCAUGCUGAGUAUUGCCGAUGUCAAGAAACUAAGAAAAAGUUUAUCAAUGAAUGCCAGUAUCAAAGAAAGUUUGGCGAAGGAUGUCAGUUCAGAUGAGGAUGAUUCUACGAGAAGUUCUCCAAUCCCGGAGGAGGAUGAAGAGGUUGAGGAGGAUCUCGUCCCUGCCAUGGACAGUUUAAGUCUGGAGCAGAAAAUCAACAAGCCUAUAUUUAAACCUACAGACACCAUUGUCCUUGAGCUGAGUGCUCCCCCAGUUCGCAGAGGAAAAUUGGAGAAAAAUCUGUCAGUGGCCAGGAAGAAGGGUGUGGAAAUUGACACAAGCUAUCAAAGUAAACCUUCCAACACCAGCUCUAAAACUCCUCGGGCCAAGUCUGCUGUUUUGCAAUCUAAUGUGACAUCCAAGAAGUCUAACCGUCCACUAUCAGCUAACAGGGUAAACCGGGACCACCAGGCUGACCCACAGGAGGAAGCCUCAGCUGUACUGGCCGCCCUGAAGGCAGAGAAUGAUAAGGCAGCCAAGGGUGGACAAAAGUUACCAACCACAGCAGUUAGUAAACAGGGACCUAAGCCCUCUAUUGGUAAGGACUCACCACUGAGAAAGUCUGACAUCAGAAGGUCAGGUCCCAUACCCAGCCCUCGCUCCAAGCCUGCUACUGCACCAAGAGCUAGUACCGAUGACUCCAAGCCUGCUACUACACCAAGGGCCAGUAUUGAUGACUCCAAGAGCUUCCUGGCUGAUGACAGACUAACAAAUAUCAUGAAGAAGGUCCUUAUGAUGCAACCAAAACAACAGAAGAAGUUAAUGAAGGUACUGGGAGACCUGGAUGACUCCCUGGAAGAAAAUGAACUACAGCACAUUCCCAAAUCCUCCCCAAGUGAGCCAAUCAAGGCCACUAAACCUGUCCAAGACAUGGUGCAAAAAUCAACACAGAAAUCAACACAGAAAUCAACUCAGAAAUCCGUGCAAAAAUCUGUGCAAAGAUCUGUACAGAAGUCUGUACAAAAAUCAGUCCAAAAGUCAGUGCAGAAAUCUGUAGAGAAAUCCCCUAACAAGAUGGUAGAUGAAGGUGUUGAGGUUAACAUUGAGAUCACAUCCAACUGGGGCCACCCAGCACUGCUGGGUCUCACUGAGAUCCAGGUCUUUGAUGUAGAUGGUCACCUUGUGCCAAUAUUUCCUGACAACAUAACAGCCCAUGGAGCCCAGGACCAACAGUCACCACUCAGUGUCCUCUUCAACGGCAAAUACAAGACGAGUAAGGAGAGGAAUAUGUGGGUGUGUAAGUAUCGACGGGGACACCCUGUAGAGCUGUGUAUCUUACUCCCUCACACCUUCAGGGGCAAACCACUAGACAUCACCAAAAUCAAAAUCUGGAACUACAACAAGAGCAUAAAUGAUCUUGAGAUUGGAAUCAAGGAUGCACGAGUGUUCAUUGGAGGGGAUUUGAUGUUUGAUGGCCCUGUAGAUAAGGGGUGUGGAAAUCAAGUGUUUGACUAUGGUGCUGUCAUAGACUUUCGGGAUCGACAGUCAUCUUCCAAGUCAUGUAGUAACUCAAAGAGUAAUACAACUCAAAGCAAACCUCCUACCUCUCCUGUGUCUAGAAAUCGUAACACUAGUCCUGUCUCAAAAAAAUCUCCCACGCCAACAUCACCAAAGGUCAGACAUGAGGAAGAUGCGGGUGGUAUUUUACUGAAGCCCACACUGUCCCCAAGGUCACGGGGGGAAAGUGCCAAGAAACAUUCCAGUUCUGUUGAACCUAUUACACCAACAGAGGACUAUAAAAAACUGCCUGCAUUCUCUCGACUGUCGUCAAAUGAAGAGAGGCGUCCACAGAGUGAGUCAUCUAACUCAUCCAAUGAGAAUACAGCUAUUAGUCAUGCCAAGAUCACCAAGGACGAAGUCAAGGUCAGAAGUGAAACACGCACUAUGAACUAUUCUGAAAAGGAUAAAAACAAAGAUUUACGAAGACCAUCUGUGACGUCUGAUAGAUCUGGAUCUGAAGCAGAUGAAGACAACAGAGGUGAGUCCAAGAUGCCAAGUAGACCGCGUGGGUCCAGAACACCAAGAAAGUCCAAAAGAAUGGCUGCCAAAUUGGAUGGUCAUUCAUCUGAGGAGGCAAGAGAUUCAUCACGAUCAGUAAAUGAUAGUGCAGACCAGCGUCCACCACGUCCAGUGAAGAAGUCCGAAGACAAGCCAGCCAUUUCGCAGUCUGAGGAGCAGCAAGAAGAGGUGUCUGUAUCUGUCCAUGACUCUGUCUCACAAAGUCAAGGGGACACAUCUAUGAUACAGCAGCUGAAGCAGAUGAACCAGAGAGAACAAAAACGGAAAAAGGACAUUCCAAAGUGGUUGAAAGCAGAAGAUGUUUCAGGAGCCUUUGAGAAUCCAGUAGCCAGUCAGAUAAUAUCCGAGCCUAAGCCUGUGAUGGAGGCUGCACCAGUACUGGACUCUAAAGAAACUGUUGACCAGUUGAUAGAGGAAGAGAUGGCCAUGUGGCCUGAAAAAUCAGAAUUAAAAACAGUGUUCAAUGAGGAAAAACCACCAACCAAAGAGGGAGAGACUAAAAAUACACCCAUGCAGAAGAUACAGGAGAACCGAGCCAAGAGGCGUGAAUCUCAGAAGAAGAACCUGGAGGAAUCCUGGGGAUCACUUAAUAUGUUUGACCGCCAUCAAAAGGGCAGGAUAUCCAUGGACUUGGAUGAUGAUGCCCUAGAUGAGUAUCUGAAGCCACUGGUAAAACCCCAGCCCACCAUUGUAGAGGAGGAGGGGGAGACUGUUCCAAAGGGACCUGCUACUGAAGAAGUCUCUGUUGAAGAUGAAGAUUUUAUCAUUCCUGAACUGCCUUAUGGUAAGGAUCUAGUGAUUGACAUCCGUUCCACAUGGGGAGAUAACCACUAUGUCGGCCUGACAGGAAUCGAGGUCUUUUCCAGCACAGGGGAGCCAGUGGUCAUUUCAAAGAUCACUGCUGACCCUCUCGACAUUAAUAUUUUACCGGAGUAUAACAAAGAUCCUCGCGUUGUAAGCAACCUAAUAGAUGGUGUAAAUCGCACACGUGACGAUGUCCACAUGUGGCUGGCCCCAUUUAACCGUACAGCCAAACAUUUAGUGUACCUCACAUUUGAGAAACCUUGUAAAGUGGCACUAAUGAGGAUAUGGAAUUAUAACAAGUCCAGGAUUCAUUCUUAUCGCGGCGUGAAAGAUGCAGUUAUCUUAUUGGACAAUAUUCCAAUCUUCAAAGGCGAGAUAGCAAGGGCUUGUGGAGGCAUAGAGGGGGGCACUGAAGCUUUUGGGGAUACUUUCCUGUUUACCAUGGAUGAACAAACGCUGGAAGCCAUAUCUAAAAACGAUGAUGCCUAUGAGGGGGAUAUGUUUAGUGAUGAUGAACUCUAUGAUGUCGCUUUUGAUCGUCCAGACACAGAUGAUGAGGGCGACGAUACCCGACCCUUCACCAGAGCAUGUGGUAAUGUGAAGACCAAGGCACAGAAGGAAGCUGACUCACUGCUACGCCCCGCCACCAGUAUCACAGGGGAGGGGGACCUUAUUGUGUUCAGAGGGAGAUAUUUGGAACUGAAUAUCACAGAAACAUGGGGUGAUCUUCACUACAUGGGUCUAACUAGUCUGGAGGUUGUUGGAAAAGAUGGAGAAGCACUUCCUCUCAAACUGAGCAUGCUCACUGCCAAUCCAAUGGAUUUACACUCACUUCCAGGUCAUGAAAGAGAUGACCGUACAUUAGAUAAGGUUAUAGACGGUACCAAUGUAACUAUGUCUGACGAACACAUGUGGCUGGUGCCGUUUACUGAAGGGAAUAAUCACAACCUGACAAUAGACUUUGGUCAGACUGUGUUGGUGGCAGGGCUGAGAGUGUGGAACUACAACAAGAGUCCAGAGGAUACCUACCGUGGGGCAAAGACUGUACAUGUGACAAUAGAUGGGAAGAAGAUAUCUCCAAGGGAGGGCUACCUCAUACGCAAGGGACCAGGGGUGUGUCACUUUGACUUUGCCCAAGAGAUUAGUUUUGCUCCUCAGGAGAAGCCAGCGUCCAUACCCAACCAGGCUAAGGGAGGUGCCCCAAGGUCGUCUAUCAGUGAGGAUGACUCAGGACAAGAAUAUGAAGCUGUACAGAUGCCGUGUGGCUUUAUAUACCAGCUGCAGUUAAUGUCCACCUGGGGUGACCCCUACUACAUUGGACUGAAUGGUAUUGAGUUUUAUGAUGCUGCAUUAAACCAGAUCCAGCUUACUGAGACAAACAUAUCUGCUUACCCUGACAGUGUUAAUGUGCUGAAUGACAAAACCAAUGACGCAAGGACCCCUGACAAACUAAUAGAUGGUGUCCAUGAUACAUCUGAUGGCAGCCAUAUGUGGCUUGCCCCUGUACUACCAUCCAUAGUGAACAGGGUGUAUGUGAUAUUUGAUCAGCCAACAACAGUAUCUAUGAUAAAGAUCUGGAACUACAGCAAGACUCCACAGAGAGGUGCCAAGGACUUAGCUCUAUUGGUGGAUGACUUGCUGGUGUAUAAUGGUAUGUUACACAUGGUCACAUCUGGAGCCCGAGGGAUUCUGCCUAAUAUGGAGGGACCCCAAAGACAUCAUACUAUCAUUUUCACACAGAACAAGGAGAUCCUUCAGCGGGAAAAACACACCAUCAUCAGUAACCAGGCAGUGGACCAAGACAUACAGCUGACCAAUGACAAGAUGGUGGUCAGUCACUACAAUGACCCAAAGAAAGCUCAGGCCGGCAAACCUGUCAAUCAAGAACUAAGACCAAAAACCAGUGUGGCUGGACAGGGAAAGAAGAGACGUUGAUUACAGGCCAGUCUUGGAAGAGGAAAAUCUUGUAGCUUGUCUCUAAUUUAUUCAGUAAAGACUGUGUCAGUUGUUCUAUAAGUGACUCUUACGCCAAUAGAAAUGACUAUGAAGUCAAAGAAUUCUGUCACAAGUGAGAAAGACGUCAUAUCAAUGAACGUCAAGUUUACAAGUUAUGGAGACUUUUAUGUUGAAAGACUUUGUCAAAUGUCUCUUGACAAGCCAUACAUAUGUAAAGUCACAGCGUACCACCAUAAGGCUGCCAUCGAGAAUAGAGACACCUGUCUGACUGUUAUAAAAUAAACUGAGUAAUUGUCAAAAAGCUGAUGAUGAUGAUUGUUGUGGGUAAUGUUUCUGUCCUCCAGUGUGUACAGUGGAUGGUGCUCUUUGUUAUCGAUGUCAUCUAUUACUCGAUUGCUCUUGUGAUACUUAUUUUAACAAGUCCUUGACCUUGCCUGGAGUCAGAAACAACGACAAGUGAUUUUAUUUCGAACAAUUAUUGGCUCUGUUGGAAUUAUGUUAAUUUUGUUGUGAUUUUCGGGCAAACUUUCUUCCUCAAUAAUCUUGAAUUGUAUUGCCUUGAUCAUACAUAUAUCAUAGCUGUCCAUCAUUUAAUUAGUUAAUAUUUUAAAUACAUAUUCUUAUACGCCAUUUAAUCUCUAUACAGGUCAUUAACGUGGACUAAAGUGAAUCACAUCAACCUCCGUCCAAGUUUUAUACACUGUUGUCUUGAUGAUCUUGUUUCUGUGAUAUAUUUUUGGGGAGAUUAUCUCAAAAUUGUUGAUUCUUAAUUUAUUGCUCACUGACUAAUAUCUUUAAGUAUGUUUGUCUGUCAGCGAGGUGUAACCUUGUGACUUUGGGAGAAUGGGUUAUACUGUAUAACAUGAAAUAUUUGGGUAGCUACAGUCUUACAUGCUUCCUACCAGAUAUUUUUGUGGUACAAACUUUUAUGGAUAUCCCUUGUAAAACCAAUAAUAGUAUGGUAUAACAACUGAAUUAGUAGUAUUUAUUUUCAUGGUACCUUAUCAACAUAUCAAUCACAAAAUAUGAAUGUUUAUACACAAUGAACAUUUCAUGUUAUACAGUAUGGUGUUGUGAGUUGUAACCUUGAGGCUUAGGAAGAGUGGGUUAUAGGGUGUUGUGAGUUGUAAUCUUGAGGCUCAGGAGGAGUGGGUUAUAGGGUGUUGUGAGUUGUAAUCUUGAGGCUCAGGAAGAGUGGGUUAUAGGGUGUUGUGAGUUGUAACCUUGAGGCUCAGGAAGAGUGGGUUAUAGGGUGUUGUGAGUUGUAAUCUUAAGGCUCAUGAAGAAUGGUUAUAUGGAGUUGUGAGAUGUAACAUUGAAGCUCAUCAAGAGCUAAUUAUAUGGAGUUGUGUGUUGUAACAAUCAGGCUCAGGAGGAGUGGAUGAUGUGAGUUGUAACAUUGCAGCUCAUUAAGAGUUAAUUAUAUGGAGUUGUAAGUUGUAACCUUGAGGCUCAGGAAGAGUGGGUUAUAGGGGGUUGUGAGUUGUAACAUUGAAGCUCAUCAAUAGUUAAUUAUAUGGAAUUGUGAGUUGUAACCUUGAGGCUCAGGAGGAGUGGGUUAUAGGGUGUUGUGAGUUGUAAUCUUGAGGCUCAGGAAGAGUGGGUUAUAGGGUGUUGUGAGUUGUAACCUUGAGGCUCAGGAAGAGUGGGUUAUAGGGUGUUGUGAGUUGUAAUCUUAAGGCUCAUGAAGAAUGGUUAUAUGGAGUUGUGAGAUGUAACAUUGAAGCUCAUCAAGAGCUAAUUAUAUGGAGUUGUGUGUUGUAACAAUCAGGCUCAGGAGGAGUGGAUGAUGUGAGUUGUAACAUUGCAGCUCAUUAAGAGUUAAUUAUAUGGAGUUGUAAGUUGUAACCUUGAGGCUCAGGAAGAGUGGGUUAUAGGGGGUUGUGAGUUGUAACAUUGAAGCUCAUCAAUAGUUAAUUAUAUGGAAUUGUGAGUUGUAACCUUGAGGCUCGGGAAGAGUGGGUUAUACGGUGUUGUGAUUUGUAAUCUUUAGGCUCAUGAAGAGUGGUUAUAUGGAGUUGUGAGUUGCAACAAUGAGGCUCAGGAGGAAUGGGUGAUGUGAGUUGUAACAUUGAAGUUCAUUAAGAGUGGAUUAUAUUGUGUUGCGAGUUGUAAUCUUGAGGCUGAGGAAGAUAGGUUUAUAUGAUGUUGUGAAUCUGUCCUGAGAGUGGUUAUUGUGAUAGUUUUUAGCGUAGCCUACUGGAUUAAAACCCAAUCAUAAAUAAUCAAUAUAUUUAAUGCCAUAGAAAUGGAAAGUCCAGUAAUAUUUUGUUCUUUAUAUGUAUCUUCACAAUUUUGAUAAUGAUCAUGUCACCAUCAAAGAAUAAUUGGUUAAGAACAGUUUAUGAUCAUACAUCACUCUACAGAAUCAGCAUUUAUCUUGAUUUAGAUUAAUAUAUGUCAUGACAUACAGUAUAUACCCUCAGUAGAGUAUCACACAUAUACUAGGUCAAGAUGCCUCAAAAAUUGUUUUUCCCUGCCAAGACUGUUACUAAAACUAUUUGUUGGAGUGAAAGUUCUAUUUGCCUUGUUGUUUUAUAGUUUCUGUUUGUCUAAAUCCUUAUUUUGUUAAUGAAAUACAGGAUCAAUAUAUCUGUGACAGAUACAAAUUCACAAUUAACAAUGGUUAGUAUUUAAUUUGCUUUUAGUUGCUGAUGAUAUUGGGGGAAAUAUGUGAGGGAUAGGGAAGACAUUGGGCUGAUCUGUAGACAGGCUUCCAUUAUUAGUAUCAUACAAUAGGUUGUUAAUAAUAUCAAUAUGCUACUUACAUUCCACUCUUAAUAUACCGAUAUAUUGGUAUCUGAUAUCCAUCCUGAGAUUUUAGGAUGUACAAUACAUAUCAUAGUGACGGUGAGUUUACCUGAAUUCCAGAAAAAAUGGCUGCUUGAUGGUCACUACAAAACUUUCACAAAUAUUUAAAAACUGGUGGAAAACGGGAACAAUUUUUUUUUUUUUUCUUUGAUAUCUUACAGCACAUUGGAAGUAUUUCUUACGAGUAAUGUACCGGAUUCUGCAACACACAGCGUAGGAUGUGUAAUAUAAACAAGGCCUUGUUUUCACUCCUAAUGUCAUAAUGCAAAUGUAAACACUACCAUUACAAAUUGCUGUUUAACAGACGUAAACAUUUCACUCUCGUUAAUAUCAACCAUUUUGUCAACAGUUCAGUAACAACAGCUUAGGGCUAUUUUCAGUCUGUCAACUGAAAUCAGUUCCACAACAAUAGGCCCAAAUGUAUUGUUAUAUGUUGAGGAUAUCUGACAUGUAAACGUGUAUAUUGACACGUAUCAAAUUUUGUUCUUCAUUUCCUACUUUUUCUACGUCUCUAUUUCAAACAUGUUAAACAAACUUGAUGCAUGUGACCAUCUCAUAACUAAAUGUUAUUUAAAUUUCUAAAUUAUUAUAUCCAAGAUGGUGAUGUUUGAGUCAGAUGUAAAAAUUAAUAAGAAAUCUCAGUUGACUACUAAUGCCUCAAUAGAAAUAUAAUUGAAAGGCACCAUACACCUUCUCUUGUUGUCUCUUGUUAAAUAUUGAAACGUUUGUUUGAUUUCUACAGGAGUGUUGACAUGAUACCUGUUACCUAGUAACAGAUCUGAUACCUGUUACCUAGUAACAGAUCUGAUACAUGUUAACUAGUAACAGAUCUGAUACCUGUUACCUAGUAACAGAUCUGAUACCUGUUACCUAGUAACAGAUCUGAUACCUGUUAUCUAGUAACAGAUCUGAUACCUGUUACCUAGUAACAGAUCUGAUACCUGUUACCUAGUAACAGAUCUGAUACCUGUUACCUUGUAACAGAUCUGAUACCUGUUACCUAGUAACAGAUCUGAUACCUGUUACCUAGUAACAGAUCUGAUGUCUGUUACCUAGUAACAGAUCUGAUACAUGUUACCUAGUAACAGAUCUGAUAGCUAUUACCUAGUACAAGAUCCGAUACCUGUUACCUAGUAACAUAUCUGAUACCUGUUACCUAGUACAAGAUCCGAUACCUGUUACCUAGUAACAGAUCUGAUAGCUAUUACCUAGUAACAUAUCUGAUACCUGUUACCUAGUAACAGAUCUGAUGUCUGUUACCUAGUAACAUAUCUGAUACCUGUUACCUAGUAACAUAUCUGAUACCUGUUACCUAGUAACAGAUCUGAUGUCUGUUACCUAGUAACAUAUCUGAUACCUGUUACCUAGUAACAGAUCUGAUGUCUGUUACCUAGUAACAUAUCUGAUACCUGUUACCUAGUAACAUAUCUGAUACCUGUUACCUAGUAACAGAUCUGAUGUCUGUUACCUAGUAACAUAUCUGAUACCUGUUACCUAGUAACAGAUCUGAUGCCCGUUACCAACAUGUAAUUGUAGUAACCUACUGUUAUAAAAACAACUGUCAAUAAAUAUUAUGUUAUAUA